AUGUGCAAGGAGAGCUAUGCCGAUAAUCCACACGAACAAGCGAUGAUUCGAGAAUUCGAAAGAGACUAUCGUCCACAAAAGAGUAUUUGGUGGUAUACUCGAGACUCUUGUCUCUAUCGGAUACUCAACAAAGCUCUUCGACUUCAAGACAUUGAUCUUCUCUUCUCAAUGAGAUUUCUCAUCAAAGAUAUUAGUCAACAGCUGAAAGAUGAACAUCGAAAGUUCAUUGAGAAAAAGGGUGUGAUGCGAGUGUAUCGUGGUCAAGCAGUGGCGACAGAAGAGAUAGACAAGUUGAGAUGUGGAGAAGGACAGUUGAUUUCAUUUAAUAACUUUCUCUCAACGAGUCUCAACAGAGAUGAGGCAGUAAUGUUUGCACGUCAAAUUGUUUCUUCUAACACUUUGCAGCGUGUGUUCUUCGAAAUCAAAGUGGAUACUCGACUCGAGACUCGUGCAUUUGCUGAUAUCACUGACAUGAGCUUCUUCCACAAUGAGCAAGAAGUUCUCUUUACUCUGGGCUCUGUGUUUCGACUUGAGAAUGUCAUGUUCGACGACAGAGAGGCGUUGUGGUGUGUCAAGCUCACACUGUGUAAUGAAGAUGAUCAAGAUAUGAAGGACAUGUAUGCGUAUCAGAAGAAGAGUGUUGGUGGAGGAGAUGAACAAGCCAGUCUCCUCUCACUGGGUUUCCUAUUGCACAACAUGGGUGAAUAUGGGAAAGCGAAACAAUACUACACUCGUGUAUUGUUUGAGUUGGGCGAUGAUGAUAUAAAUGUUGCUGUGUGUCAUCAGAGACUCGGCGAAGUAAGUGGUGAUCAAGGAGAAUAUGAUGUUGCACUCGAUCAUUUGAAAGUAGCCGUGAAACUGCACAAGAAGUUUCAACAUGCACAUGACACACUAGACAUUGCUAACUGUUAUUAUUGGAUCGGCCACGUGCACAGGGAGAAAGAAGAAUAUGAAACAGCGCUUUCUUACUUGAACAAAGAUUUGGCUAUAAAACAAGCGAAGCUUCCUGCUGAUGAUGUUCAAACUGCCAUGACUCUACGUGAAAUCGGUAAUGUUCACUAUUACCAAGGGGAUUAUGAUUCUGCCUUGUCUUAUCAUCAGCGUGCUCUUGUCAUGUACCAGAAGGUGUUGCCCCCGACUCACUCUUCUAUAUCAGCUAGUCUGGCAGAUACUGGCAAUGUGUAUCUCGACAAGAAAGAGUACGAUCGAGCUCUCGAUUAUUACAAUCAAAGUCUCCAGUUUAAACGAAAGUCACUUCCACCCGAUCAUCCGAAUGUAGCUACCACGUACUAUUCGAUCGGUUGUGUGUAUGAAGAGAAGAAUGAUUCGACGAGAGCUCUGGAGUAUUUCGAGAAGUGUCUCGUCAUUCGGAAGAAAUCUCUCCCACCAUCUCAUCCGGACAUUCAAUGGGUGAGUGACAGUAUCCAACGGGUGCAAUCGAAGUAA